AUGGCACCCUCCGUCACAGAGACCGUCACCGAGCCCGUCACCCAGAACCUCUACCGUCUGCAUCUGGGGCAGUACAAGGAAAUCGAGUCUGUUCACGUAGACCGUGAAGCCGAAGAGGGCAAGACUGGCCUCGUUGCCGCCAAGUAUCCUCACUAUCUGCCCACAUGGGACGGCAGCGUCAUCGACCCUCCCCUCACGCCCUUUGAGCACUACGAGCACGGCAAGGACGCCGACACCUCGUUCCCCAACCUCUUCCCCGAGGGCACCUCCGUCACCGACCUCACCCCGUCCAUUGGCUCCGAGGUCCACGGCAUCCAGCUCUCCUCGCUCAACGACGCCGGCAAGGACGAGCUCGCCCGCUACGUCGCCCAGCGCAAGGUCGUCGCCUUCCGCAAACAGGACUUUGCCGACCUCUCCAUCCCCGACGCCCUCAAGUACGGCGAGUACUUUGGCCGCCACCACAUCCACCCAACCUCCGGAGCCCCCGAGGGGUACCCCCAGAUUCACCUUGUGCACCGCGCCGAGGGAGACACUUCCCACAAGGACUUCUUCGAGGCCCGCACUAGCUCUGUCGCCUGGCACUCGGACAUCUCGUACGAGAAGCAGCCCCCCGGCACCACCUUUCUCUAUAUCCUCGAUAAGCCUGAGACCGGCGGCGACACACUCUUCGUCGACUCCGUCACUGCGUAUAAGCGCCUGAGCCCGCUCUUCCAGGAGCGUCUGCACGGCCUCAAGGCCACGCAUUCGGGUAUCGAGCAGGUCAAUGCUGCUGCGGCCCGCGAGGGCAUCAAGCGCCGUGAGCCUGUUGUCAACGUCCACCCUAUUAUCCGCACACAUCCUGCCACUGGCGAAAAGGCAAUCUAUGUCAACCCUCAGUUCACACGCGACAUUGUCGGCUUAAAGAAGGAAGAGUCCGACGCCCUUCUCAAGUUCCUCUACGACCACUUGGCCUACGGCGCCGACUUCCAGGCCAGAGUCAAGUGGGAAGAAGGCACCGUUGUCGUCUGGGAUAACAGAGUCACUCAGCACAGCGCCCUUGUAGACUGGGAGACUGGUCAGCGCCGCCACUUGGCCCGACUUACACCCCAAGCAGAGGUUCCCUACGAGACGCCCUAUGUAGCGCCUCAGUAA